AGCAGCGAGCGGAAAACCUGGCCGCAGACAAUUGACAAAGGCGCGCGAGCGGGCCGCCCCUUCGCGGCACACGCACGCACGCACGCAGCGUGGGCAGAGUCGCGCCCGCCCGCGCCUUCGGUGGGACCCGCGGCGCAGAGGCCCAGGUGCGGCGCGUGUCGCAGUGCUGCAGUGAACAUUCUUGUCUCCAUUCCUCGUGUAUCGGUGACGUUUCUUAAAGAACCUGCUGAUAUGGCUGAACCUGGGACUGAUGAGCCAUCCUCCAGGACAGGGAGUCCCGACGGAGAAGGCCAGGUCUCUGGGGAGAGACUGUUGCUGCAUCAGAGGCUGGCUGUCAGGGAGCUCAUUGACACUGAGCUUUCCUACCUGCACGUGCUCCGCCUCUGUGCCUCCGACAUCAGGAGCUCCCUGCAGCAGCUGCCCCAGAGAGAUCUGGAUGUCCUGUUCUCAAACAUCGAUGAUGUCAUCGAGGUGAACAGCAGAUUUCUUCAUGAUCUGCAAGAGACAGCAUCCAGGAAGGAGGAACAAGUGCACUUGAUUGGUAACUUAUUCCUGGAAUGCCACGAAGAGUUGGAGCGAGUCUACAAAGUGUACUGUGCUAGCUACGACCAGGCCUUGCUGCUGCUUGACACCUACCGGAGGGAGCCAGAGCUGCAGCGAGAGAUUCAGAGCAUCAUCGAGGCAGUGCUGCCACAAGCUGGGCCCUCUGGCCUCAGUUUCUUACUGGUAAUCCCUCUGCAGAGGAUUACCAAGUACCCAUUGCUGCUGCAGAAAAUCCUGGAGAACACAGUCCCUGAUGCCAGUGCCUACCCUGUGCUUCAGAGGGCUGUCUCUGCCCUCCAGGACGUGAACACCAACAUCAAUGAGUACAAGAGGCGCAAGGAAGUGGCCUCCAAGUACACCAAAGUGGAGCAGCUGACCCUCCGGGAGCGGCUGGCCCGCCUCAACACGCACACCCUCUCCAAGAAGACCACCCGGCUGAGCCAGCUGCUGAAGCAGGAGGCGGGGCUCGUGCCCAGGACAGAAGACAAGGAAUUUGAUGAUUUAGAAGAGAGGUUCCACUGUGUGUCGCUGUGUGUGACCGAGAUGAAGAACAACGUGGCUGUUUACCUGGAUAAUCUGGAGGCUUUCCUCUGCUUCAGGCCCCAGGAAUACGAUCUGGACAUCCCUGGCGGGCCUGUGGUACAGUACUGCAGCCUGAUGAGAGACCUCCAGCUCCAGGCCUUCCCAUACUUUAAGCAGAGGCUGAAAGGCCUGGUGUGGCAGCCAUUGUGCAGCCUGGCUAAAGCCCUGGCUGGCCCUCAGAACCUGAUCAAGAAGCGUCUGGACAAACUACUGGACUUCGAGAGGGUGGAAGAGAAGCUGUUGGAGGUGGGCAGCGUGACAUACGAGGAGCAGGAGGCCCGACACACUUACCAGGCCCUCAACUCCCUGCUAGUGGCCGAGCUCCCACAGCUGAACCAGUUGGCCAUGCGCUGGCUGGGCCAGAUCCUGUGCACAUUCAUGGGCCUCCAGAGGGAGCUUGCUCAGCAAGUGCUGCAGAGGGCGGAGGGCAGCUUGGCUCAGCUGCCCCACUACCACCUCUCGGAGCCGGCCUUCAGGAAGCUGGUGGAGGACGCACUGGGCCAGACUGGUCACCAGCUUCGCUCCUUUCAAGAGAACUUUGAGAAAGUGCUGCCACCUCCCACUGUGCAACCACUCCUUCCAGGGGCUGAGCGCCAGGUGCAGGCUCUCCUGAGCAGGUAUGGCCCUGAAAAGCUGUACCAGGUGACGAGCGGCGUCAGUGGGGCUGGGACUCUGGACCUGACCCUGCCGCGGGGCCAAAUCGUGGCUCUCCUUCAAAACAAGGACACCAGAGGCAACAGUAGUCGCUGGCUGGUGGACACUGGGGGACAUCGAGGGUAUGUGCCGGCUGGGAAACUGGAGCUGUACCGUGUCAUCCCCAGGCAGGAGGAGGUCAAAGAGCAGGAGUGGCCUCACAAGGACUCCCGUCACCUAACACCAGCCCCCGUCCCCUCUGUCCCAGUGGUGACCCAGGUGGUGGCAGUGUACCCCUUUGUGGCCAGAAGCAGCCAUGAAGUGAGUCUGCAGGCGGGCCAGCUGGUGACUGUCCUGGAGGCCCAGGACAAGAAGGGGAACCCGGAAUGGAGCCUCGUGGAAGUGAACGAGCAGCGGGGAUAUGUGCCUUCCAGCUUCCUGGCCAGGGCCGCAAGCCCAGCUCCAUGGGGCUGGGGUCUGCCCUCCUAGGGGGCCCGCCGCGGAGCCCAUGCUGCCAAGGGACAGGGAGGCUUAGAUGCUAGGACCCUGUGGGGGCGGAAGGGGAGAUCAGGCCGAGGUAGGGUGAAGGGCAAGCAGAAGAGGUGGGUGGGCCUUGCAGGAGUGCCUGGCAUGGGUGAGCAUGAAAGGCUCCAGCCAGAACCGCUCGUCAGGUCUGCAGAAAAGGUGGUUCCCAUCUGAAGUCACAACAGCUUGGAUGGCAGGUCAAGGUGAUGAGAACUUGCUGUAGCUUAUGGCCCAUCUUAGCUGUGCUCUCAUCCAGCCCUGCCCACCAGAGUGGGUCACCCAGGUGAAUGUUACCUGUGUGCGAUGGGGUUGCGGGGAGGGGGGCACUGGACACGUCCAGAGCUGCCUGGCCUAACGGUUCACUCCCUCCGUGUGGCAUCAGGAGACACCGCAGCCGACCCACACUGGCAGCUGAGUUAUCUUGGGCAGUGAACCCCCUCGGAGCCCUCUCUAGCUGAGGAGAAAGGGCUUGUGGGCAACGGAAAGGUUCUCAGGAGAUUCUUGGCUGAGUCUCGGAGCAGGUGUGGCCAGGUCACAGUUCUGGAAUGUGUUUAGGCAAAUUCAGAGGCUGUUCCAGGGACCGGGAGAUUUUGAGGGUGUGUUAUGUGGGGUGUGUGAGGCUGUUGUGUUCUCUGGACUAGGGAACAAAGGGCAUGCAAAUUGCUUAGGCAACUCUGUGCAGCAGGUGAUCAACAGCCUGGUGGGUGGGGGAGCUUGGGUGUUGGUUUGCUUUCCUGUUUCUGGAAGUCGGGAGCCAGGGGGAUCCCCAGGUGGUUUCAGGGCCUGGAGGCGGCAGGUGAGUGUGAUGUCAGUUGGCUGUAGGGCCUUAGCCAUAGGACACAACCUCAGUUUUCCCAUCCACAAAGACCUAACUCACAGGGUUGUGGUGAGAAUGGCCUGAGGGAAGCUCCUUGUAAAUUGGGAAGUGUGAUAAAAAUGUAAAUGGCCACUGGUAGCAGGAUGCACCCGGAAGUGGUCUCAGGAUGGCUCCAGCCUCCAGCGGCCCGGCUGCAGACUAGCCUGCGUGCUGCUGCUGGCCCCGCCCGGGCCAUGGCGGACACUGGGAAUCAGCGUGGUGACCUUUCCCCUCAGCCCAGGGGCACCUUAGGACCCUUCUCCAUGCUGCGUUCUAGGUAGCCAGUCUCUUGAACUUGGUGAGAUCAAACCCAUUGUCAUCCCUUUCUAGGACCUGGAAAUGGAAAAACAGUUCCUGUUCAAGGCAGACUGACCCAACGGGGCCAUUUUGGGUGCAGCCCCUGUUGAAUCAUCCUCUCUGGGUUGUCGGUUUGGCUAAGAUACAUCUCAAGAUUCACAGAAGUGGGAAAAGGUGGUCCAGUCUGAUCUGUAAUACAAAUUAUAUAUUUGGGGACCGACCCAAGUUGGAGAGUGUGGGGGAAAAUCCAGUGGUAGUUUAGACUUAUUUCCAAGAACAUCUCCAUGGUAUUAUAACUGUAGUGCGUAACGCUGUUAGCUCUGGCUUUCCAGGGCUUUGAAGAAAUACAUACGUGCCUGUGUGAGAUCUUCACCUCACUCCUCGGCUUGUGAGAGUGGGAAGAUGCAUCAUGCAAGAGAAACUCAGUCCCCACCGGCCCUGUCCUGGCACCAAAUUCACUCUUUAAGAUGCUCUUGACUCAUUUUCCUUUCUUUUUCCUACUCAGAUUUCUAAUACAAAUAGGAGGCAUAGGGGAGCAGAUAAUAACAUAGGAAAUCCGUUUGUGGGUUCCUCAGUGCUUACUGAGAAUUUCCUGUGGACUAGAACCCCAGCUCAGGCUUCUCAACCUGGCUGCUUGCCCGUUCCCCUGCCCCCUGCAAAGAUUGUAAUAGAGUCGGUCUGGGGUGUGGCCAGGCCCUCAGGAACUCAGAAAGCUCCCCAGGUGCUUUGGUGUGUCACCAGGAGUGGGGACCUCAACCCUAGACACGCAGUAGUGGACGAGACAGGCCUGCGAUCAGAAGCGGCCACCAGCUAUAAGCUAGGAUGUGCCCCUUCUGAGUUCUGUCCUAGCUCAGAUGUUUUGAACAGGCAGUUUUAAAGGUGCUUUGAAAGAGGACAGCCUGUUCUGUCGGUCCCAGAAUGUAUAUUUAUUAAGUGCCAUUAAGAGGGACCUGAACAAAACUGGAUGUUCUUGAAGGCGGAAGGGAGAAACCUGGAAUAUACUUGGAACCACAUCUAUCUCGUGAGGGGAAAAUGAAAAUGUCUUCAGUAGCACACGGGUUGUGGUUUCUUGUAGACCAGGGAAGGAGGUCCAGAGUCACGGAGGGCUGAGAAAAAUGCAUGUUGAGAGAGAGAGAAUGGCCUGGAUUUUUUCCAGGGGCCUCUAUGUAAUGUGCCUCCCUCCCCCCCCCCCCCCCCCCCCGGUGCCUGGAGCCAUUGCAUUGUCUUAUGUAUUGCACUUCGGGGCUGCCACAUGCUAAACUUGCUAAGGUAUUUGCCUGGGAACCAAACAAGGCUGAUCCCCAGGGUGGCCCUUGCUCCCUGCCACAGGGUGCGUCCUCUUUAACCUUUUGGGCCCAAGCUCAGGUUUGAACAUGAGGACAAGGUUACAGUAUGGAGGAAAGAUGAAUGAACGCCUGCUUACUGUGAGGAGCUCUAGCUUGGUGAAUCAGUGACGUGAACCACAGAGAAUAAAGGACUUCAAAGAUGAAAAUGUCUCUGGAGUUUGCAGAACUCUAACCAUUGGAUAGUCAGAUGCCCCAGUGUGACAGGUGCUCACUGGACACCUACUGUUCAUAAA